AUGUGUAAACAUGCCAUCAAAGAUAUUUCUACUCCAGAGUGUGUGGAUAAAGCAACUCAUCCAGAUCAAAAUUUGACACAAUCAGCAAUUUCUUCCUGGUCCCCAAAAAAGUGGAGGUGUCAGACAAGUGAGAAAUCUAAAACAGUUGACCGCUUUUGUUUCUUACCAUCAAGAUGGAAAAUGUACAUUGUCUACGCGAUUUACUCUGUCAGAUUCGAUGGCCAAAUUGGACCUGCAGGACACCUACCUCACAGUCCCUAUCAUGGAUCACCAUCCAGAUUUCCUUCAAUUUCCAUGGCAAACACAGAAAUGGAAGUUCAAGUGUCUCCCAUUUGGACUAUCAUCAGCCCCUUGGUGUUUCACCAAACCUUUAGUAAUUCUACUGAGAAGUUGGGGUGUUCAUCUUAUUUACCUGGACGAUAUUCUAAUUCUGUCAGUUCACCUUCUCCAGACACUAUAUUGGACAUUAACCUUACUACACAAUCUGGGUUUCCUUAUCAGUUGAGAAAACAUCCCUCUUGGUGCCAUAACAAUGCCUAG